AUGGCGGUGGGUGUGGUCUCGGGUCUGCACAUGGCCUUUAUGCAUGCCUCGUUCAGCCACGAUGCCCAUGUCGCGGCCUCGGUCUCUUCUAGGACGGCGUCGACAGAGGCAUCGGCAAAGGCGUCAAGUGCUGCUGUCUCCUCCUCGACACGGACAGUGGACUCUGUGUCGGCACGGGAUGGGCGGCGUCCUCCGGCAGAGGUUGUCCCCUCGAGAGAUGACUACACCAGGGCUCAUGCCCGUAACCUCUCGGCGUCGCAGGGCGACGAGGCGGACAAGGCUGAGUCGGGCAAGACGGGAGCCGGGAGCAAGACGGCCGAUGUGGCGGAUGCUGCCGACACGGGUGGCAAGACCCACAAGGAGAGCAAGAGCGGUGGGAGCACGUCUCGGUCGGCGUUGAAGCCUGCCGAUAGCAGCGGCGCCGAGGCGGGCGUCGACUCCGGCGCCGUCAAACGGUCGGCAAGCGCUGCCUUCCGCCGGGCCUCGUCAUCGUCCAAGUCAAGCAGGGGUGCGGACGAGUCGGGCAUAGACUCGGCGUCUGAGGAAGGGAAGAGUGCCGGCUCAGACGCGCUGGCCAGCAUUUUGGAGGAUCUCACUAUGUAUCACGACCGGUUCAAGGGAUCCGAGUUUGGGGCAAGUCUGGACGGGAGCCUUCAGGUCGACGGUGAGACCCUCCCGCGGCCGUAUCGGGUGCUGGACUCGAUCUGGUCGGCAUUCAAGGAGGGAGUCGUGCCGGUGACGAGUCUGUACCGUGGCGCUGUAGCCAAAACGCAGGCCAAGGCGGUGAUGGCGAGCUCAGGCGCCGGGCCCGAGUCCGGCUCGGUCUCGCAUGACACGUUCUCGUCGUUGUGGACAACGUACGUGGAGGCGAUGCAGGAUGCAGCCGAGCCGUCGGGCAGCGUGCUUGUACUUGGCGCGCCCGAGUACGCGUACGCGGCGGCGGCGGUGGAUCGUAGCUCGCUUUUUGUGGUGGUUGCACCGCGGGAUGCGCAGGUGAGCGAGAGCCGCCCGGUGGGCAACGUGGUAGUGACCCAGAGCUCACUGUCGUUCCUAGAGACGCUAGUCUUUCUCAACGACCAGCCGGAUGUGUACUUUGACGCGAUGGUCGUGCCGGAUCUCGGAGCCACGUUCCAGGACCUGCUUCCGCACGAGUUUACCAAGAUGUACGCGCUGGCACUCACGCUCGCGCGGUCUGUCUGGGUGCCGUCUGCGACGCGGCUGUUUGACUCGACGCCGUUUCUGGGCUCUUGGGCCAAUGCGGCUGCGCUCCUGACCGACGCCGCUAAGCUUGCGGGCGUGCGAGCUGAUGUCGGAAGCGUGCACGCGCCGACACCAGCGGCUGCGGCGCGUACGUACUCACCACGGUACGGGUACGCGCCAUCGCCGGCACCUGGCCGGCACCGCUCGACAAGUAUGGUGCGGAUGACGGUGCGUGAGGCGGCGCGGACGGUGGAUGCCGACGGGUGCGCGCGGCUUGGCCUUGAAGCCGGCUCUGAGCUCUGUGUGCUCUCACUGACGACGCCUCAAUACAACGUAUCGGCCAAUGUGUCGGACUAUGAGGCAUUCUCGACGUUCCGGCUUGGGUCUGGCAGUGGCCGGCACGCGCUACUGGUCAAAGUUGAUGAGGCUGUGAUGCGGACGGUGCCACUGCACGUGGUGCUUGCGCUUCGCCCGCUGCGGCCGGACGCACAGCUUGUGCUCAAGCGGCUCCUGCUCAUGCCGCCGGGCGAGAAUGUGCAGGGUUCGCAGCUGGCACUUACGGCAACGAGCAUGUUGCCUGAAGUCCUCCUCCCGUCGCAGCACCCGCUGCCUGACUCGUGGCGUGUCUCUGCCGCCACUCACGAGCAUCCUGUCCGCGAGCUCGAGCCGAGCCUUGUUGGCGGCAAGCGCGGAAGUGGCGAGAAGGCGCGCGAGCGUAGCGGCUCGGGCAGCGACCUCGGCGGCGGGUCAGCGAGAACGACGCGGCGGCGGGCGAGCGCAGAUGAUGCAAGCGAUGACAUGAGCCUUGAGGAGCGGUGGCGGAAGAUGCUAGGCCCCGACGGAACGAGCCCAUCCGGGACGCGGCGGUCACUACUCGGCUUGCUCCCACGGCGAAGCAGCGACGGCGGGGCGGGGGCGGGCCAGGAACACGCGGCCUUUGAUGCACUCUGGGCUGCUGUCCGGGAGCGAGCCGCAGCUCUGCUUCCAUCGUAUGCCGCCGACGCUCCCAAGGGCUCGGUCCCAGUCCUCUGCUAUGGGGCCCAAGCGGCACUGCUGGGGCUCAAGCUGGUCCACGCCGAGCAAGCUGUGGUGCUGUAUCUGGUGCUCCCGCCGGAAGAGGUGGAGCGCAUCUCGUCAGCGCGGUCGCUGGCCCGGCAGCUCGGACUCGCCUCGCGUGUCCUUGUCUUUCCGUCGCGGCUGGACGCGGCGCGGGCGCGGCGGCUUGCGUCGCUGCCGGACGCCUUUCCGCUUGCCCUUCUCGGGGUUGAGCUGUGGCAAGAACUGCUCGCACCGAGCAGUGGUGCUGGCAACGCGGGAGUCGCACGAUUUGCCGAUUACCUGAGUGACGUGCUGUCGCUUGCGAGCGAGUCGCUGUUGCAGAUGCCUGCCGGCGAGACGCUGGAGCAGGCGUACGGGCUGCUCUCGGCACGCGACGGUCGGGCACGGGUAGCCGAGCUGGCUGGCAUCGUAGAACGGUCUGUGGCGCGAGCAGGGGUUGGGGCGAGCGCCGAGCUGGAGCUUGUGGGCUCGACGGCGACGUUGCGGAGCAACGACCCGGCGCAGCCGGUGAUGGGCCUGGCACGUGUGAGCUGGACGAGUCUGAGCCGGACAGCGCUGGGCGGGUGCAGCACGGAGGGGCGGACAACGUCCGUCGAGCUGGGCGGCGUGGGCGGGAGGGCCGCGAGCAGUCGCGGGAUCUCGCUGGCGUGGCUGCAGGCUGUGGGCAUGUAUCCCUCGCUGAAGCGGGUCAUGUUUCGCAAGUACCUUGAGCUGGAGCUGACGGCGGGCGCAAGCGUCGGCGGCGCGGUUUGCCCACUGCACUUGCGGUACCGUGGCCCGCAACUGGGCCUGGGCAUCGAUGCUGGAGCCGCGGUGACGGUCGCGGCGUCACAGUUAGGGAGCACGGUGCUGGCCGAGCUAGCUGGCGAGAAGACCAAGUUGACGCGGUUUUCGAUGAUUUGCUACGAGUCUGGGCGCGGCGAGGCUGUCAAGUCUGUGGCGAUGGCGUACCCAAACGCAACGAUCAUCUCGCUCGAGUCGUCGACUGAUGAUGCAAUAGCGCAGGAUGAGGCGCUUGUGGCGAGCCGAGUGCGCAACGUGGUGGUGGGGACGCGUGCGCUCACACCGGGACUUGCGCAUUCACUGUAUGUCUCGCCGGAGUUUCUGCGGUUCCAGGUUGUGUCGCGAAGCGCGGUUCUUGCGGCGAUGACCACCCUGAAGCGGGAGGCGUUUGAGACGCUGCUUGGCGAGCUAUUUGGCACCGCGCUGACCACGUUUGUGGAGCUGCCCUCGGCGGAGCUGAUCUCGUCUGCGCUGGCCACGCUGUUCCCGGAGGAGGCGGUGCUGUACGGGGCGGUGGCCAACGCAGGCGCUGUCUUUGAAGAGGCUCACGCGGUGGCGCUGUACAAGGACGCCGGACUGCACGUUGUGGGCGAGGGGACGCGUGUGGGCGGAGGCGAGGUUGUGGUGAGUGCGGCUGUGGUGGAAGGCACGACGGGGGUGAGCGGGCGAAGGCUCGGGUGGCAGGCUGUGCGCGUGGACGCGCUCGCGAUCAACACUGUGGUCAACCACCACUUUGAGUACCAGCUCGAUGGACACGCGCGCAAGUACGCGUUCUCUGCGCGGUCAAACGCGAGCGGAGUGGAGGUCUUCCUCCAGCGGGAGGAGGACGGGUUCCGGAUUCCCUACGAGUCAAUCGAGGCGGUGACGCUGAUUGCUGUGAUGCGCCUCCAGCCGCUGGCGCGGAUUUCGAACGCGUUCUACGACAUGUUCCUCGCGCUGCCGCUGUACGAGGACAUGGCGCCGUGGAACAUUGUGUUCCGUAGCGGUCAGCUCGACUACAUCGACUACGACACCAAAGACGUGACGUUCGACGACAAGGUCGGCCUCGCGUACCAGCUUCUCUCUGCGCUGAUGAACUUUGAGCGGACGGUGAAGGACUUUGGCCAUUGCGGAAGCAAGGCCGGGAACGGUAUCUACAACUUUGGGCACAUUUCCUCGUGCGUCAAGUCGGACAACAGAGGCCCGUGCCGUGACCCCAGUUUCCCGGUCCCGUGCGGUGACGGCAAGUGUCAUCCCGAGUACAUCUCGUGCCUGCGGUCGCUCAACGCGAUGGAGCAGGAGCGGAACGCAGAGCUGGCGGCCGAGCUGGAGGCGCGGCUCAAGGCGCCGCUGCGGCCGCUGCCGACCUCGGCCAAGCUUGGCGGCGAAGAAGCAACCGUGGUCGACGCCAACGGGAAGAUGGUCAUUGCGCUCAAGUGACGGUGUCAUGUCUAAGGUGUAAAGAAGGUGACUGGGGACUACGGCCAGGUAAAGUACAUUCGGUGGC